CCACGGGUUCUCUAGCAACCCUUAAGCUUGGUUAGGGGUGAAGGCGGCGAGCCACUGAGGCCACAAACACGACCACCGUCCUCAUUGGUCGACGCUCCACCACUGGGUGGGGCGUUACGAAAAAUUGGUGGGGAUAAAAAUCCCCUCUAAAUAGGUGGUAGAUGUCUGCGAAAAACUAGAAUCCGCUCGACGAGCAUCGAGUGCGCCUCGUUUUAAACUCCCACACCUUUUUUUUACUAUUUUCUUUCACGGCUCCAGUGGUAGUCGACUGUCCAGCGAACUAUCCGACAGUUUAGUGCAGUGGAGUGACCAGUGAUCUCUAAUCGAUAAUAAUUAGUGCCAGUGCCAAGUGAUCUAUCGGAUUAUUACACGUAAAAAAAUUAUUAAAAAAAUUAAAUUCAUGUAAAAUGCAUCUGCCAGACGGACCUCUCGCAAUGGAUAACUUCAGCUCGAUCCACGAUGCACUGCGUGCAUGCCACGGCGAUCUGAUCCAAACCGGAAGUCCAGCGAUACUCUGCACCGCGCUGCCCACUCAUUGGAGAUCAAACAAAUCGUUACCGAUCGCAUUCAAAGUCGUCGCGCUCGACGAAGUCAGCGAUGGCACGCCGGUGACGAUACGCGCCGGCAAUGACGAAAAUUGUUGCGGCGAGCUGAGAAAUUGCACCGCGGUCAUGAAAAACCAGGUCGCGAAAUUUAACGAUCUGCGAUUCGUCGGUCGCAGCGGCCGAGGAAAGUCAUUUUCGCUGACGAUACAAAUCAGCAGCGUUCCUUCACAAGUCGCGACCUACUCAAAAGCAAUAAAGGUCACCGUCGACGGACCACGAGAACCGAGAUCUAAAUCAAAUUAUCAGUACGGACCUGGAUUCCCUGGACUUGGGCUGCUGAAUCCUUGGCUGGACGCCGCCUACCUGGGGCACGCAUGGCACCUGCAUCAUCCUGCACUCAUUAAAGGAGCAAUGCCUAUGCCGCCAGCGGAUUUAUUUACACCAGCCUUCGCACCCAGUAUGCUGCCGUCGACGUACCCCUUCCACGAGCACGUCAAGUACCCGACAGAAUAUCCAGGAAUGCCGACGACAAAAACACCAGCGUUGCCGACCAGUCCGUCUCGUAGUCCACCUCAGAGUCCCAGUGACACCAGCAGCGAAUCUGCUGCGGAAGAAGUACGCAGUGCCUUUGUGCCAAUUCGUAUCAACACAUUGCCAUUGUCCAGCUUGAAUGUCAACGUCAGUGUUUCGAAAACAACGACACCAAGUACGCCGUCAUCGCCAAUAAGAACUUCAGUGCCUCCUUCAAUCGUCAGUAGAAUCCCGGGAAAUCCUCCAGUGCCUGCCGGUAAAAAAGCCACUGAGGGUGUCCGCUGCGAACUUAAAGCGCCAACGACUUUGAUAUCUCAGGGCAGUCCCACGCCGAGCAAGAUGUCGUCAGUAUCAAAACCUGUAUGGAGACCUUAUUGAAACAGGGCUUAGUCGCUUGGUGAUUGUGGUUUUUGUUAUGAACCUGGAAGGCUAGUGAACAAGACGCUCAGCGUCGACGACAUAUGUAUCGAAGUUUAAUUCCGGGUCGAAAAUAAAACUUGAUUUAGAGUUGGUUUACCAAGUCGAAAUUUCGAGCCGUUUUUCACAAGACAAACUCGACUUUUUUACGGAGGUAUUAAAUAUAUUAAGUUGUCGCCUUGGUUUAGACUUAACUGGCUUACUUAGUCACGAUUUAAGACGAAAAAGUUUAAAUCAAGUCGAAAUUUACUUGCUUUAGACU